AUGCUCUCCGAGUCCCUUGCGAAAAGAGAAGCCACUGGACAACCCUUGUCCGCGAUCGAGAAAAAUGGAAGUAUUACCGGCCCCCGCUCGAGCAAAUCGAUGAACACCGGGAGCACAGGUGAUACAGAACCACCUAUGUGCAGUUUCGUUCCAGAAAAUAGCAGUUCUUUACGAAACAACGAACCCACAGAUGGUACUGUUGUGCACAAGGAAAUCACAUCUAACCUUUUUUAUUAUAUAAAAAUCCUAACAAUUUUAAAAUACCGGGAAAUCAUGAAUCAAACAUAA